UCGUUGGCGGCUUUAGCGGCUGGGCGACGUUUGCCGGGCGCACAAGUACUUUCACGCAAACAGCGGCGGCGGCGGCGCCUUCCCGGGAAAGCCGCUGGAUUGAUUAGGGCGCGGAGCUGCGUGCCCGACUGCGCGCCGGUUUUGUUUACACGGGCGGAUUUCGGAGUCGUUGGAAUCCCCCCCAGCAAAGGUGGUUUGCCUGGGGCUGGCGCGGCGAGCGUGGACUGGGAGAGCUCUUUCUUGUUGCCGUCUCCUGGGGCGCAAGCAGCACCGGCAGCCCUUUCUCUGGGCAGUUUCUCCCGAGAUGGCAUUUGGGCUUGAGGUGCGUUGACUGAGAAGAGAAAUGAAGUCCCGGCAGUCCAGAUGGUUGCCUGAACUCUGGGUACUGCGCAGAUUUCUGGCUGCAGAUGUAAGCGACUCACCUGUGGACGUUCUGCUGCUCCCCUUGCAAAGAUCGUGGACUCCUACUGGGACAAGCCUAUAGCAGUCAGAAUGAUUAUGAUGCCACUGGGUUUACUUCUUUCUGCUCUGUGUUUCCUGGGGGCAGUCAUUCCAGAAGGGCUACAGUAUGCCACUUUUUCAUACAACACAACCAAGUUUCUUCAUUUGAUUAUGGAUUCUGACUCUGGGACUCUUUAUCUUGGGGCUACAAACUUCCUUUUCCAGCUGACAGCGAACCUGGUGAUGGAGGAAGCCGUUUCCACAGGUCCAUCUUUAGACAGCAAGGACUGCCUUCCCCCUGUCACCAAGCUGGACUGUCCCCAGGCCCAGGAGACGGACAACUACAACAAGCUGUUGUUGAUCAACUCAGUGGAGAAGGAGCUCAUAGUGUGUGGCAGCGUAUGGCAAGGGAUCUGUGAGAAGAGGAACCUUGGCUUCAUUAAGCAUGUUCUCUUCCAGCCCCAGACGCCAGGAGACACUCAGUAUGUAGCAGCAAAUGACCCCAAUAUUUCCACUGUGGGUCUAGUAGGGUACUCCAAAGACAACGUGCCACUGUUGUUUGUAGGCCGAGGUUACACCAGUCGAGGAGUCGGGGGAAGCAUUCCUCCCGUUACGACUCGGAAUCUUUGGGCCCACCCUGGGGAAGAGCCUGGGUCAGACUCUCAUUCCAUCUUCUCCUAUGAAGAAACGGCAAAGCUGGCUGUGGGCCGGCUCUCAGAAUAUAACCAUCAUUUUAUCAAAACUUUUACUUACGGCUCUAGUGUUUACUUCUUGUUCUACCGGCGGGAUCUCAAGUCACAGUCCCGUGAGUACAGGACCUACAUUUCUAGGAUCUGCCUAGAUGACUCUCACUAUUAUUCCUAUGUAGAGCUACCUUUGCUCUGCAGAAGCAAAGAGAAGACUUACAGCCUCCUGCAGGCUGCCUAUGUUGCACAGCCGAAUGGGGAAAGAGACCUUGCUGUGGCCCAAGGAGACGUACUCUUCACUGCCUUUUCUGCCUGGCAUGCUUCCUCAGGGAAGCUGAGUGAGGAAUCUGCACUCUGUAUUUAUACGAUGGACGAGGUGAACCGCCUCACCACCCAGACGAGGGACCUUUGUUACACCAAGGACGGCAAAUCGGAGGAGGGCGUAGAGGUGGCUUACAUAGAAUACGACGUCAACUCGGACUGUGUCCAGUUGUCAGCGGAUACUUUGGAUGCCUACCCGUGUGGCUCAGACCAUACCCCCAGCCCCAUGGCCAGCAGGGUGCCACUCGAAGCUACCCCAAUCCUGGAGAAGCCAGAUGCACGUCUGACUGCAGUAGCUGUCAGUAUUGAAGAUGAGCACACUGUCAUUUUCCUGGGGGACAGCAAAGGUCGCCUGCACAAGGCUUACUUGGGAUCGAUGGGGGAUGCUGACCUGUAUGCUUCUCUAGUGAUCCAACCAAACAGCGCAGUGAAUGGAGACCUUCUCUUCGACCAGUCCAAGAAGCAUUUGUAUGUCAUGACUCAGUCAAUGGUGACGAAGAUUCCCAUAUUUGAAUGCUCCCAGUACACUGACUGUGAAUCAUGUUUAGCACUGAGGGAUCCAUAUUGUGGCUGGUGUGUUCUCCAAGGAAGGUGCAGCCGUCGCUCUGAAUGUGGCAGGUUCCGAGUGAGUGAGCAGUGGCUCUGGGGGUUCAAUUCUACCCAGCAGUGCUUGUCUGUCCAGUCGCUGAGCCCAGCCAGCAUCAGCAGAGAAGAACAGAGAACGAUAUUCCUAACUCUUUCGGAUUUGCCACCCCUGCGAGACGGAGAAUCGUAUUCAUGCUUCUUUGAAGAGUAUGAGAGCCCUGCGGUGCGGAUGGGGUUGGGCAUUAUGUGUUCCUCGCCAGAUCCCAGCCGAGCUCCAAGUCUGAAAGCAGGAACAGACCACAUAACCAUUCAGCUGGUGGUGCGUUUCCGUGAUGUAUUCAUUGCUUCAACGGCAUUCUCCUUCUACGACUGUGCCGCAGUGGCCUCUCUGAGGAAAUCAGCACCAUGCCAGGGGUGUGUGAGCAGCCAUUGGGGGUGUAAUUGGUGCGUCUAUCAACACGUCUGCACACAUAAGACCACCUGUGAAGAAGGGAUCAUUAUCUACAAUGAAAGAACUCAGAUACCAGUCUUUAGCCUUCUACCGUCCUCAGCUGUUCCAGCUACGGCAGCGUCCCCUUCAACGGCUCCAGCUCUGGCCACUGACCCUGCCGUCCUCCCAGAAACAUCAGCAGAAUCUUCCACCCCCAGUCCCACUACCACCCCCACCCCCACCACUCAGCCAGCAACCUCUGCCCCAACUACUCCGCAGCCACAGACCCUCAGCCCCACACACUCGCCAUCUCCAUCCACAAACUCUCUCACUUCUCUCAGGACAACCACAGAAUUCUUGACACUGCCCGCUACGGAUGUCCCCACUACUACUAUCACUGCGACCGAGUCUGUCCCCAGCAGCCAACCGGAGACUCCAAGCCUCACUACACAGCCUACCUCUGAACCUCCCGUUGAUCCUGAAGACUGGUCCACGGACUCUCCCACCUCUCCGACUCACAGCACAUUGGAGCCAGUCAUAGAGGCACAAACACCUUCCACAGAAGCUGCAGAUUCCAUGAUUCCAUCUCCUGUGCCUGAGGCACCCACAUCUUCUAUCCCAACUCCCUUCACCCCCAAUCAGACAGGAAGUGCCUCCACCUCUUCUGCUGACUUACCUGGAGACAUGGAGACUGGGCUACCUACAUCCGAGGUGCCUCCUUCUACAGGUCUUCCAGACUGGCUUCCUGGGGAUGGUCUAGAACUCAAGGACAGCGAGGAAUGGAUGGAUCCAUUGCUAUCUGAAAACGAUACAUCUUCCUUCUCUGCCUCCAUGCUUCUCUCAGGCGAUGGAGACUCUUUGGAGAGUGAUACCACCGAUUUCCCCAGAAUCCUGAAUCCAGGUCUGGAUUACCAAUAUGAUGCCCCUGGGUUUUUGGACCUGAGUGAAAGCUGGGGACCUGACGCCUGUCCUUGUGUGCGGGGCAUUCAGGGGUCCUCUCUGAUGCCAGUCAAUGUGCAGAGGAAGAUAACCCUGAUCGGGAGAAAUUUCCAUCUGUAUCAAGAUCAGCUGUGGGACUAUGAGUGUGCUUUGAUUCUGGAAGGCAAGACCUUGGUCGUGGAUGCUUACAUCGAACAUGAUGAAACAAACCCAUCCCUUUGCUAUAUCACAUGCCAGCUGCACCAGUACAGGUACUCGGCCCCCCAACUGGAGUUCAGUGCUGUGAUUUUUGUGCAAAGGAAGCAGCGCCUCCGUGUGGACAGCGCAGAAGAUCUCCAUGUGAUUCUGUACAACUGCUCGGUGGGGCACUCUGACUGCAGCCGCUGCCAGACUGCUGAUGCCAAGUAUAACUGUGUGUGGUGUGGUGGGGAACACCCCAGCUGCCUCUUCCAGGACUCCUGCAAAGAAAAGGUGGCAGACAUGUGCCCAGCCCCGCUGAUUCAUUCUAUUUCCCCCUUAACUGGACUAGUUGAAGGGGGUACCAGAAUCACCAUCAUGGGCUCCAACCUUGGCCAGAAACAUGAAGAUAUUGCAGAUACUGUCACUGUGGCAGGGAUCCCCUGUGAGGUUGAUGCCCUAGAGUAUGAGAUCUCCAGCAGUAUCGUGUGCACCACAGGCAAAAGUGGAACAGAGAGGUCUGGGCACGUGGUCGUGGAGGUUCCCGGAGGAGGACAGGGGAUCUCUGAUCAUGUUUUUACUUAUCAGAAUCCAGAGCUGAAAUCCUUCUCUCCAUCUCGCGGCCCCAAGGCCGGAGGAACCUGCCUGACGCUGACAGGAUCCAAGCUGUUGACUGGAAACCCUGGCAAAAUCAGCAUUCUGAUUGGACGCCUUCCUUGCUACAUCCAUUCUGAGAUGCAAGAGGACAAGCUGCAGUGUCGGACAAGUUUCAGUAAUUUGUCCGUGGAACUUCCGGUCACCAUCAAGUACGGGGAUCAAGAACGGAGGCUGGAGGGUUCCUUCUUCAGAUACACCCUGGAUCCCAACAUCACUUUUGCAGAACCAUCCAAGAGCUUCCAGAGUGGUGGGCGGCAGAUUCGAGUUCACGGGCAUAACCUCGACGUUGUACAGUGGCCGAAAAUUCGUGUAACAGUUUCACCGUUGGAACGCCGUCGCCGGGGCCUGGGGAGGUGGCGGAGGAUUAUCCCAGAAACAGAGUGCCCUGAGAAUGCUCUCUGUAGUGUCCAGCAAUUUGAAGAGCCGUGUGAAGUUAACUCCUCCAGCCUCAUCCUGUGCAGAACGCCAGCCAUUAAGCCGCAGCCCCCUGCCGUCCAAGUGAAGCUGGAGUUUGUGCUGGAUAAUCUCAGCUUUGACUUCAACUCCUUGCAUCCGACUCGCUUCUCCUACGAGGUGGACCCCGUCCUGAAUCCCCUGAAUGCAGAUGAUGACACCAAGCCUUAUCGCCACAAGCCUGGGAGCGUCAUCUCUGUGGAGGGAGAGAAUCUGGACUUGGCCAUUUCCAAAGAUGAGGUGGAAGCCCGGAUUGGAGUUGGGAUCUGCGGCGUCAAGACCCUCACGAAGCACCACCUCUAUUGUGAACCACCAUCUGAGCAACCUGCACCUCUGCACAGAGCCAAGCGGGAAGGCACAGACUCACUGCCAGAGUUCACGGUUCAGAUGGGGAACAUAAACUUCCGGCUGGGUCGUGUGCAAUAUGACACAGAGAGUCAGCUCACCUUCCCCCUGGAAGCCCAGAUUGGCUUGGGCGUGGGAGCCUCUUUUGUUGCACUGAUCGUUCUAAUCAUUGUUUUCAUCUACAGGAGAAAGAGCAAACAGGCUCUGAGGGAUUACAAAAAAGUUCAGAUCCAGCUAGAAAAUCUGGAAACGAGCGUCCGAGAUCGGUGCAAAAAAGAAUUCACAGACCUUAUGACGGAGAUGAUGGAUCUCACCAGUGACUUGGUCGGCACUGGAAUUCCUUUCUUGGAUUACAAGUCCUAUGCAGAACGCAUCUUCUUCCCCGGUCACCGUGAAUCACCAAUACAAAGAGGUCUAGAUGUACCGGAGUGUCGGAGGCAGACAGUAGAACAGGGCUUGGUGCAGCUUUCCAACCUCCUCAAUAGCAAGCUUUUUCUCACCAAGUUCAUCCACACCCUGGAGAUCCAGCGGACGUUCUCUCCGAGGGACCGGGCUUAUGUCGCUUCCCUUCUCACCGUCUCAUUGCAUGGGAAGCUCGAAUACUUCACAGACAUCCUCAAGACUCUACUGAAUGACUUGGUAGAACAAUACGUGGCCAAGAAUCCCAAACUGAUGCUGAGAAGGACCGAAACUGUGGUGGAGAAGUUGCUGACCAACUGGAUGUCCAUCUGUCUGUAUGCAUUUGUAAGGGACUCUGUUGGGGAGCCGCUCUAUAUGCUCUUCCGUGGCAUCAAGCACCAGGUGGACAAAGGGCCAGUGGACUGGGUAACUGGAAGAGCCAAGUACACCCUGAACGACAACCGCCUUCUUCGAGAGGACCCGGAGUAUCGCACACUGACAUUAACUGCCUUGGCACAAGGUGGGAGCACGGUGGGAGGAGCAGAGGGUGCUCAGGGGGUACUGGUGAAAGUGCUGGACUGUGACACAAUCACCCAGGUGAAGGAAAAGAUCCUCGACCAGAUCUACAAAGGGACACCUUAUUGCCACCGACCAGACCCGGAUUCUCUUGACUUGGAAUGGAGAUCAGGCCUGGCUGGGCACCUCAUCCUCUCUGACGAGGAUGUGACAUCAGUUGUCCAGGGCACUUGGAAGCGUCUCAACACGCUGCAGCACUACAAGGUGCCUGACGGAGCAACGGUCGCUCUUGUUCCUCGUAUGACCAAGCACCUGACAAGAGAGAAUCAGGAUUACAUCCCUGGAGAGAAGACCCCAAUGUUGGAGGAUGCAGAUGAAGGUGGGAUGAAGCUUUGGCACCUGGUGAAACCGACAGAGGAGCCGGAGCUGCCAAAACAUCGGCGAGGGAGCCUGCGGGAAAGGGAAAGAGCCAAGGCCAUUCCCGAAAUCUAUCUGACUCGCCUCCUCUCCAUGAAGGGAACACUACAGAAAUUUGUGGACGACUUGUUCCAAGUGAUCCUCAGCACUAAUCGCCCUGUUCCCCUGGCUGUGAAGUAUUUCUUUGACCUGCUGGAUGAGCAAGCAGUACAACAUGGGAUUGUAGACCCAGAGACCAUCCAUAUCUGGAAAACAAACAGCCUGCCCCUGAGGUUCUGGAUCAACAUUAUCAAGAACCCCCAGUUUGUUUUUGACGUGCAGACUUCAGAUAAUGUGGAUGCUGUGCUCUUGGUCAUCGCUCAGACCUUCAUGGACUCCUGCACCCUUGCCGAUCACAAGCUGGGUCGGGAUUCUCCAAUUAACAAGCUGCUCUACGCCCGUGACAUUCCACGCUACAAGCAAAUGGUAGAAAGAUACUACGCUGAUAUCCGUCAAACGAUCUCUGCCAGUGACCAAGAGAUGAACUCUGCCCUGGCUGAGCUAUCACGGAAUUACACAGGUGAACUCAACUCCCUGGUGGCUCUGCACGAACUCUACAAGUACAUCAACAAGUACUAUGACCAGAUCAUCACUGCCUUGGAGGAGGACCCAACGGCCCAGAAGAUGCAGCUGGGGUAUCGCCUGCAGCAGAUCGCCGCAGCAGUGGAGAACAAAGUCACGGACUUGUGAUGUGCAUGCAAGGAUGCCCAGCAGGAGCCAGGGUGGGGGGCAGACAGCACCCGCUGCAGACAGAAACAAACGCUCCACACCGAGGCAGGAGAAGGAAGCCGCAGCAGCAGAUCAGGAAGCACAAAGUGCUGAGAGCGCCAGAGGACUUUUUAAAAACAGACUUUUAAAAAUGAAGAUGAUGAUGAUCUUUAUGGGAGGAGCCUCCCUAAACAGCCUGGGCUCCUCCAGAUAAGCCGAGCCAAGUGGCCAGGAGGCCAGAAGUUACUGAUGUGCUAAGGGGGCUGGA